AUGUCGGCCUUCCGCAAACACAUGCCGCGCACCACCCGCUUACUCGUCAGCGCCUUCUUCCUCUACAUCUUCGUCUGGGUUAAGGGAUGGCCGCGCAUCUAUGACGACGAAGAGCUGCCUGCCAUCCAGCGUCCCCAGCAGCAGGGCGCCCCUGUCGGCCCUUACCAGGUUGAGCGCGACCAGCUAGUCGUCUCCGUCACUACCACCGCCAUCAACGUUUACUCCAAGGUCGCACCCCUCAUCCUCAAUACCGCCAACGAGGACCAUGGCAUGCUGCUGCUCUUCUCGGACCUCCAGGCCCAGAUUGGCGCCUGGCCCGUCUUUGACGUCGUCUGGCGCCUCACCCCCGAUGUCGUCUUGCACAUUGACGAGUUGAAGAGAUACCGCGCCCAGCUCGACUUUGCGCGGAGGAGCAUUCCCUUGCAAGACCUCAUAAAGGCGGACCCGGAGGAAGAAAGGAAGGACAUGUUGAUCCUGGACAAGUAUAAGAUCCUGCAGACAAUGAGUGCCGCCUGGGAAUACCGACCCGACCGCAGCUGGUACAUUUUCGUCGACGAUGAAACAUACGUCAACAGGCCAAACUUGAUCGAAUGGCUCGGCCAGCACAAUCCCGACGCAAAGCACUACUUUGCUAACCCUCCCAUACCCGCCGAGACCCUCGUCCCCGACCCAUUCGCUCCCUCGGGCACCUCCUUCAUCGUGUCGCGCAAGGUCAUGGUGGAGCUGUUUGUAGACCGCAAGGACUACAUCAAGAAAUGGGCAAAGCACAUCCCAGAGUAUGCGUCGGCAUACCAUCUAGUCACGAGUGUGUUGCAAGAGGAGCUCAACGUGUCUGUCGUUCCCGUAUGGCCCGGCAUUACCGGCUACGAUCCCAGCACCGCGCCUUUCCAUCCUUCGCUCUGGUGCGAGCAAGUCAUGAUCAUGCACCAUGUCACACCAAAAAUGGGUGGAGAUUUGGUUAAAUUGGAGAGAGAACAGCCCGCCCACCAGCCGAUGCGCUUUGCAGACCUGUGGAACCGCUUCUUCACCCCGGAAGACCUAAACUCUACACGAAACAACUGGGACAAUCUGUCGUCGGAAGCGUCAAACGGACGCUGGAACAUCCUAUUUGAAAACAACGAAGGUGACAAGGACCGCGCCAAGUCAGGCGAAGAGUCACCAGAAGCAUGCCAAACAUCGUGCGAGGCCAGCACCUAUUGUGUGCAGUGGUCGUAUUCGUCGAUUCCCCAAACCAACUGGAAUGACAAUCCCGAAACAAAAUGUCAUCUCAGCAGCAGUAUCCGCUUUGGGACCCAUGUCAAGCCCAAAGAGGUACCGGGAACUGACGGAAAACAGACAUUGAGUUGGAAGAGUGGAUGGAAAAAGGCAAGGUUUCAUAAUUGGGCAAGGCGACAGCGAUGCAAUCAACAUCUCCAGUAG